UCGUCUGAGACACAGGGAGAGUGAUGUGAGACCUUCUGUAUAAAGACCGGCUCGUGCAUCUGGCUCAGUGCUAUUCGUCUUAAUAAGCUAAGAGUUGCUGGCAUUUAAAUAAAAAAAUUGGGAGAAGUGGAUGAUAUUAACAUUUAUUAAAAGAAAAAUAGGAUUGCAUCUGUUAAGAUGAAUAUAAUGGUGAUUUUGAUAUCAGCUCUGGCAUUGGUCGCUCAAAGCAGAGCAAACACAGACGGCAAUGAAUGCAUUUCUGCCAAAACGUGUGGACAAUGUAUUCAGAUAGGGCCACAGUGUGUGUGGUGCAAAGAUCCUGAUUUCAAUCCUUCCCGGUGUGAUCACCAGGAAUCUCUGGAAUGGGCUGGUUGCACUGCACUCGGCAUUGAAAACCCUCGAGGAACAAUCACCAUCGACAAGAACAAACCCGUCACGAAACGUAAAAUUGAUGUAGAGGAGAAAUUGAUGCCUGAGGAGAUCAAUCAGAUUCAGCCACAGAAGGUCACCCUAAAUCUCAGAUCAGGUGAAGCACAGCAGUUUAUGCUGACAUUCAAGAGGACUGAAGAUAACCUCAAUGCACAACCUGAUUCUCUGUCCUCUGAGGUCAUUCUGGGAAACAGCCGACUGCCUGAAGGUGUGUCCAUUUCCUUUGUUACUUACUGCAAGAAUGGAGUGAGCGAAAAAGGAGAAAAUGGACGCAAGUGCUCCAACAUCUCCAUUGGGGAAGAGGUGAAGUUUGACGUAGAAAUCAUGGCUAAGGGUUGUCCAUCUAAUGGCACCUCUGAGACGAUAAAGAUCAAACCGUCGGGAUUCACUGAGGAGGUGGAGGUCAUCCUCAACUUUAUUUGCGAAUGUGAGUGCCACAAAGAUAAAAUCCCAAACAGUCCAGCGUGUACAGACGGCAAUGGAACGUUGGAGUGUGGAGUAUGCAGGUGUAAUGAAGGCCGACUAGGCAGGUUAUGCGAGUGCAACCGAGAUGAGGUCCAGACUGAAGAUCUGGAUGCAAACUGCCGCAUGGGUUACAAGAUGGACAUCUGCAGUAAUAAUGGAGAAUGCGUCUGUGGGACGUGCGAGUGCAAAAAAAGAGAUAAUCCAGAGGAGAGAUACCGCGGCAAGUUCUGUGAGUGCGACAACUUCAACUGCGAUCGCUCCAACAACAAGCUCUGUGGAGGUCACGGCCGGUGCGAGUGUCGGAGAUGUAUCUGUGACGCUAACUACGCAGGCAGUGCAUGUGACUGCCCUCUGGACACCUCGACCUGUAUGGCUAGUAACAAACAAAUAUGUAACGGUCGAGGUGUCUGUGUGUGUGGAGCGUGCGCAUGUACUGACUCAAAGUUUCAGGGCUCAACCUGUGAAAUCUGCCCGACCUGCCCUGGAGUUUGCGCCAAACACAAGGACUGUGUUGAGUGCAGAGCGUUUCAUACUGGUGACAAGAAAGAUACAUGUGAGACGGACUGCGGAUACUUCAGCAUGAAGGUGGUGAAGAAGACAGAUCUUUCACAGCCUCUUUAUCAUCCUUAUAUCACUCAUUGCAAAGAGAGAGAUGCUAAUGACCGCUGGUUUUUCUUCACCUAUGCUUUAAACAAUGAUGGCAAUGAUGAGGUCCAUGUUGCAGAAACUGAAAAAUGAGGAACUAGAUGUAUUCAGUUCUAUGCUGGCUUAAAGUGAUUCAUCACACAUAAAUGAAAAUUCUGUCAUCAUUUACUCACCUUCGAGUUUUUCCAAAUCUGUAUGAAUUUCUUUGUUCUGAUAAACACAGAGAAAGAUAUUUGGAGACUAGACAGAUUUUGUCCCCCAUUGACUACCAUAGUAGGAAAAAUACAAGUACAAUGGUAGUCAAAAGUGCCCCAGAAGUGUUUGCUGUCCUACAUUCUUCAAAAUGUCGUCUUUUGUGUUCAACAGAACAAACAAAAUGAUAAAGUAAUUUUUCCUACUAUGGGAGUCAAUGGGGGGCAAAAUCUGUUUGGUUAUAAGCAUUCUUCAUUCAUCAGAACAAAGAAAUGUAUACAGAUUUGGAACAACUCGAAGGUGAGUAAUUGAUGACAUGUCAUUUUUGGGUGAAGUAUCACUUUAAUAGUGAAAACAUGAAACAACAAAACACUAUGGUGUUGUGGUGUUGACCUCUGUCUCUUCCUCUAUCCAUGUUCAGAUCACUGAAAGUCUACCGAGCCUAUAUAUUAUCAGGGAUCAUGUAUGCUGUGAUGUCAUUGAGUUUUUAUCUUUAUUCUUGGUGUCAGUUUAGAAAUCUUGGUGUAAUGGUUUAAAAGGUCUAAUGCCUUUAGAACACAGUGAAUGGAAAGGUUACGAACUAAGAAGAAAAUCUACACUUCGGCUCUUGGUGUGUUUUUCUUUCCUUUGAAAUCUGUUGACUAGUUGGGUGUCCUUUCAGGUCACAAGAACCUGAUCAACCAAAUUCAAAUGUGAUUUUCAGACCUGUUUCUUUUUUUCUUUGUCUCAUCUGUGUAUUAGGAUGGUUCGGCCAGUGACUCAAUAAAGCAUUCUGCUAAGUGUGA